GGAGCACUUCCGGUGGCGUUUCCUGUCAGUGUUUGUAAACUGAGAAAAAAUUGGAAGUGCGACAAGAAAUAAUAUCCUACAAAACUCUAAAAAUCAAAAGGCUUUGGCCCCAGAUGAUUUGGGUGGGUGUGGUCUCUUCUGUUACCCCUCAUCCUAAGUGAAGCCCCCUCUGUUCCCACAAACACACACGCAUUCAAACCACGGCGAUGACACACCAUUCUAACAACUCUGUUCGAGACCAUAUGAAAUGGGCUGGGUUGCUGGGCUGCGAGGCGGUGCUGUCCAGCAUGGCCCUGAUGCAAGCCAACAACAUCCCAGGCCAAAAGAGGAUGAUGACACCGUUGGGUCAAGGACACAGGUCCAGUCCUGAGAGCCACCAAACCCACUCACAGCACGGCCACAACCACCAUGGACACCAGGUUCACCAUGGACAACCCCACCACAGUAACAUGGGCCAUCCUUCAGCCGGGAGCUGUCCACCCUUGCUGAUACGAAAAGACGGGGAUUAUCAUUCAUCAAGAAUGAUGGAUGGAAAGGACCUGCAAGCAAACCAGAAUAUGCAACCCAAGAAGAAGCACAAAAAAUCAUCAGGGUCCUCCAGCAAAGUGAAAGUGGAGCAUUUACUUCCACAAAUUGAUAUGAGCGAUGACAGUUCCUUGAAAGUCCAGAAGAACUUCAUCUGUGACCACUGCUAUGGAGCUUUCCGGAGUAGUUACCACCUCAAGCGACACAUUCUUACACAUACAGGAGAGAAGCCAUUUGCUUGUGACGCGUGUGACAUGCGGUUUAUUCAGCGUUACCACCUGGACAGACACAAGAGGGUGCACAGCGGGGAGAAGCCGUACCAGUGUGAUCGCUGCCAUCAGAACUUCUCCCGGACAGACAGGCUGCUGAGACACCGACGCCUAUGUACAGUGGGGAUGAGCAAAGAGGAAAGCCAGUUCUCACAGGAUGCAUCCGCCCAUCCAGCUUCCUGGAGCCCCCUACAGCCUUCCAACAACCGCCUGACUGUCUGACCCUCCGCUCCCCACAGAGAUCCUACAGACAGCAAACGGCAGCCUGCAGCUCAGUAAUGUCACACCUUAGAGCUCAACAGUACUGUAAGCUGACAACAGCGUUGCUUAAUCACAACCAAACUUUACUUUGCUCUCGCCAGCUCAUUCACAGAGCUCGAUAAUGGAUUUUUAUAUAUUUUUUUAAUCUACUAUUCCAUUUAUGACCCGGACAAAAGGGGAAGGACUAAUUCAUGAUCAUGGACAACAGGUCUUGGUACUAUGGCAAUAACUGAAUUAAAAAUGCACAUGUCUCCUUUAUCUGAAAGGUUGCAGGUAUUUUUUCUUGGUGUUGCUGCCGAGGGAUUGCAAGUAUUUUUGACUGUUGGCUGUCAUUGUAUCACGCAGCACCUCUUAGGUAUCCUGUUGACUUGCAAAACAACCCCAGUGUUGGCCUCUACUCCAUACGGACAGUUCACUAAAGGACACACAUACAGAACUGUGUAGCUUUUCAGUGUUCAAGUUCUUCUCAUUUUGUGCUCCUUACGCUACUAAUUCUGUACCAGCUACUGCUCAUGAGUAAACGGUCCCAGCAGACUUGUGGUCCUAUUCAAAACUGAAGGUGUGCGUAACGCAUCUAACAUUAAAUAUAAUGUCAUUUUUAUAACAGUGAUCUAAACAUAAAUUGGGCUUAUUACAGAGUGAAAUAAAACUUGUAUUCCAUUUUCACUUCAUGUAGAAGAUGACCUUUUUAACAUUUUUUUUUUAUUUCAAAUAAUUUCUUCCAUACUAUUCGCCGAGCUGUAAAACUGGAUUACAGAUGCAACCCUGUUGGUGAUGUGUGCAAACAGGUUGAGUGAACAAACAGCUGUUGGCAUUAGUUAAGUUGUGUAGCGACUGUUGGCUCACAUUCUCACUGUCCAGCCUUGUUUUAAAGGGGUUCAUCCUGUUUAUAUGUUGCAUUGUUGAAAUACAGCAGAAGGCUGACAGGUUAUGGAUGCUCUUGAAAAAAGUUACUGAGCUUCUUUGUCCUUUUAAUGACUGGAUGUAGGAACCACCUGUCUGUCUGUCGAAGAAAUUAGAAAUGAAGUUGCCUCUGUAAUAACCCCCUCAAUAUAAAUGAAUUGUGUUUACGGUCUCUGUUCCCAGAAACCACUGUCAGUCUUAUUUUUUUUCCCUGCUCAGCGUUUAUAGAUUUGUCUGAAUUUGAAAAACGUCCGUCCUUUCAAAUGUAUUUUGGUAAGUGAGGCGGCUCAGCGUGUUAUCAGAAAUCCUGGGAUUUUACCUAAAAGUCCUUGAGAGUACAUUGGCACACGAUUGAAUUAAAGCUGGUCCUAGGCCUAAUGUUAAUUUCAGUGGAGGCACUGGGGAAAUGUGGAGCCAGUUACUUAAUUCAGUGCCCAGAACAAGACAAACAGUUGAAAAGUAUUAUUUGGUUCAUCCACAGAUUUUGAAAGCCCUCCUCUGUCUUGACCUAACUGAAUGUGAUCCGAACACAGUACCACACCAAUUCAUCUCCAGUUUAACCAUGAACGUCUUCAAUGAAGAUGAUGAGCUGUGGACAUGGGAAUAUAAGGUCCACGUGGUGUUUUGUAAAGUGAUAACCUACAUGAUAUUAUUUUUAGGACUCUGUAUGAUGAAAUCAGACUGUAAACACUGGACUGAUGAUGUUAGCUCAAUUGUAGAGGAUUGUAUUGUAGACUGGUACUUCUGUUGCUGUCAGACUUUUAGAUUAUGUGAAGGGAGUUUGGGGCCUACCACUGAGUUGUCUACUUUUUAUGAAGUUAAUAUAUAUUUAAAUUGUAUUAGGGGUAGAAAAUAGUAUGUAUGGGACCUACACUUCAAAAGAAAAUCAAAGUAUUUACAAAGUUAUAAUCCUUAGUCUGAUUUCUUAUGACAACUGAAAGUGGGAAGUUGUCUUUCAACUUGCUAUUAGGAGUAAAAUAAAAGCUGCCACUUGCUUUUUUUUGUUAGUAUAGCAGCCAUGAUUAGUCAGCAUAUUUCUUCUUUUGCAUGUAUUUGUUGGAAAGAUCUUCUAUACAUUUUGUUUUGGUAAGGAGAUUUUUUUUUUUUUUUUAUGUGAGCCCCACCUUUUUGUCAUUUCAGGGGUGAAGUGAAACCUAUUUUAACUCAGUCAAUCAUUCUGUAGUGGACGGAGUGUUAGGGCCCCAAGUCUCAAUAAAGCUGUUACACUUUUUAAACAAA